AUGGCCAUGGCGACGCAGGGGCUGGCUGACCAGGACCACGACCAGCAGCUGUCGGAGCCCAGCACCAACAGCAGCACCAGCCACCACGGCGCGGCCGCCGCCAGCAGCAUCGCCACCAACCGCUGGGGCCCCUACUCCGGCGCCGGCGACUUCGCAAGCAACAUGGCCGUCAUCCUGGCCGCACUGCUGGCCGCGCUCGCGCUCGGCCUCGCGCUCAACGCCGCCGUGCGCUACCUGCUCCGCCGCGCCCGCCGCCGCGGCGCCGGCUCUGGUGACCAUCAGGGCAACAGCGGCAGCGGCGUGUCGGUGGAGGACCCGGAGAAGCCGCCCGUGGAGCUGGAGGCGGCCCCGCCCCCGCCACCUGCCCUGGUGUACUCCGCGGCGGGCACCAAGCUGGCGGGCGCCGCGGCCGAGUGCGCCAUCUGCCUCACCGAGUUCGCGGACGGGGACGCCGUGCGCGUCAUGCCGGCCUGCCGCCACGGAUUCCACGCCCGAUGCAUCGAGCGCUGGCUCGCGGGGGGCCGCCGCUCCUCCUGCCCGACAUGCCGCGCGCCGACCGCCGUUGUAGCCGCCGCGCAGCCUGCGGAUGAGUCCGCGGCUGCGUCCUGA